AUGGAUUUUUUAAAUAAUAUCUUCUUGGUCAUAAUAAGGCGGCUGCCUCGACAGCCACCGAUUCCUUUCUGUGAUGUUUUUUCAUUUCGGAGAUUUAUAUAUUAGUUCAUUUAACACUUCAAUAAAAGUGAGGGGUUUGAGUUUUCUACAUAGUGCUUUACAAAACGGUAUCCGUACCCGUCCUCCCCAAAUUGCUUUCGGAGGAGGUUAAGUUAGCAGGUUGAAAUUAAUGAGAUUGAUGUGUAGUAAUUAGCUUAAGUUAUGCAUGACCGUUGCCCAGGGCUGAACGAUGCUCGUUAUCAUCUAUUAAAAGCUAAACUUUUCCCUUUAUACAUUAUCCUCUUA